CACUCUUGCUUCACGAGUUGAAUUGAAUAGUUUUCGAUUUUCGUUCUUGAUUUCUAUUUUCAUUUGUUUUUUUUGUCAUCUGCACAAUCGCCAAGACGUGAAACCUCACAUGGGUUAUGCCAAGAUGGCUCUUUAUAAAACAAACUCCAAACGUUCAAUUGCUAACUAUUAUCAUAUCAUAAUAAUCACCAAUAUUUUCAUUCUCUCUUCAAUCAUAUCUUCAUCCAUGGCUUCUUCUUCUUCGUCUUCCAUUGAUUUUUCGACUGCUAUUCUAAUAAGGGUCGAUCAAUCUGGCAAAGGAGACUUCAAUAAGAUUCAAGAAGCAAUUGAAUCUAUCCCUCCCAAUCUAAACAACUCCCAACUCUAUUACAUAUGGGUCAAGCCUGGAAUUUACCGAGAAAAAGUGGUGAUUCCUGCGGAUAAAUCAUACAUAACAUUGAGUGGAACACGAGCUUCCAACACCUUUCUCAUAUGGAGCGAUGGUGAAGACAUUUUGGAAUCACCCACUCUCACAAUCUUCGCAUCCGAUUUCGUAUGCCGAUUUCUCACUAUUCAGAAUAAGUUUGGGACGGCCGGACGAGCGGUUGCGCUGCGCGUGGCCGCGGAUAAAGCAGCAUUCUACGGAUGCGUGAUAACGUCAUACCAAGACACUCUCCUUGACGACAAUGGAAACCAUUACUUCAAGAACUGCUAUAUUGAAGGAGCCACCGAUUUCAUCUGUGGAAGCGCUUCUUCUCUCUAUGAAAAGUGUCAUUUGCACUCGUUGUCGCCUAAUAAUGGGUCGAUAACGGCACAAAUGAGAACGUCGGCAACGGAGAAAUCAGGGUUUACAUUCUUGGGAUGCAAGAUAACCGGAUCAGGUUCCACUUUUUUGGGAAGACCCUGGGGAGCUUAUUCUAGGGUUGUCUUUGCUUAUUCCUUCUUCUCCAACGUCGUCGCACCUCAGGGAUGGAACCAAUGGGGAGACUCAACCAAACAAAAUACUGUAUAUUAUGGUGAAUACAAAUGUUAUGGUCCCGGAGCAGACAGGGGACAAAGGGUGAAAUGGUCGAAACAAUUAUCGGAUGACGAAGCAACCGUCUUCUUGAGCAAGGACUUUAUCGGCGGCAAAGACUGGCUCCGACCGGCGCCUUCUCACUUCAAAGUUGCAAAUAAAUAAAUAAAUUAUUAAUAAUUCCAUCAUUUGAUUGAUAUGUCUUCUUCCUUGUACAAUUCCAUUAUAAAUAUCGCUUGUACAAUUCCAUUAUAAAUAUCGCUUGUACAAUUGUGUGUAGUAUUGUGUAUGUAUAAUUUAUUUAAACCAUAUGAAAAACUCUUUGUAAAUGAAUUUCCAUAACCACCAAAUGGACUUUAAAUCA